AAGAGUCUGAGCUUGCGCUGGUGAAUCACCUCCCGCCUUUCUCGGAGGGAACGGCGGGUGUCAGGGCUUGGUCCUCGCCUGCCGUUUCCCUCCGGUCUUCAUGAAUAUUCCUUCAGUGGUUCCAACCGCGUCCGCUGGCGUCGGCGCCCACUCCCGGGAGCGGCCCGCACUGAGUCGGCGGAGGACUCGGGGCAGACAGAUACUGCAGCUGCAGCACCCCAUGGGAAGCCAGACUAGCCUGCAUUCCUGAGGCGUCCUGUUUGCAAGCAUCUCCUGGGGUUGCAGCCAUAACCUUCCAUCCCACAGAGGGCUCAGCGUGAAUAUGGCCAAGGAACGGCAUGGGACCUGGUUUGGCUUUGGUUUCUGCGGCUUUGGGCAAGUGCUGGGCUCUGGGAAUGGGCGCCAUUCGGUGCACAGUCCUGAACCACUUUGUGCCGGUGAUGCCAUUUGCCGAGUGAGUCCAAGCUGGAGCUACACCGCCCUGGUGACCCGUGGAGGCCGGGUGGAGCUGUCAGGUUCCGUGAGCAGCUCAGCAAGUGGCUGUAGGGACGCUUGGGCUUCAGAGGGACUCCUGGUGGUGCUGCGUGACAAGGGCGGGUCCGGCACAGAGCUGCAGGCCUGGACUCCAGGCUCGGCACUGCAGGGGGAGCCCCUCUGGGUCCAGAACCUGGUUUCUGGUGCAGAGGACCAAGGCGGAGAUGAACCCAGCAGUGAGGCUAGGGCGGGCACCCUGCCACUGCUGCCCGGUGCCCAUGCCUAUGUGAACCGGCAGCCACCCUUCUGCCAGCCUCUGGCCCCAGAGCUACGGGUGCGCCAGCUGGAGCUGGGUGCCGAGCAUGCGCUGUUGCUGUGUGGAUCUGGCCAUGUGUUCUCCUGGGGUGGAGGCAGGCAUGGACAGUUGGGCCACGGCACGCUGGAGGCAGAGCUGGAGCCACGGCUGCUGGAAGCCCUACAAGGCUUGCGGAUGGCUGAGGUGGCCGCAGGUGGCUGGCACUCUGUGUGUGUGAGUGAAACUGGGGAUAUUUAUAUCUGGGGCUGGAAUGAGUCGGGGCAGCUGGCCCUGCCCGUAAGGAGCCUGGCAGAGGACAAGACAGUGAGCAGGGAAGCUGCAGAAUUGAACGAAGAUUGUCUCAAAGGAGAGGAAGCAGCUAUGGCUGACGGUGGAGCCCCUGCCUCCUUCAUAGCCAUCCAGCCCUUCCCAGCUCUACUGGAUCUUCCCAUGGGCUCAGAUGCCGUCAAGGCCAGCUGCGGAUCCCGACACACAGCUGUGGUGACACGAACAGGAGAACUUUAUACCUGGGGCUGGGGUAAGUAUGGACAGCUUGGCCACAAGGACAGCAGCAGCUUGGACCGACCCUGCCGUGUGGAAUACUUCGCAGAAAACCAACUCCAAUUGCUGAGUGAAACAAUGAUAUGCCCAUGAGAAAGCAGAACCAGAAACCCCAAUAAAAAUCUGCAGGCUGCAGUAGGAGGAGCUGCUGCAAUCCACCUCCUCUUCAAUAAACCCUGACCCCUGGAAGAGUGCGUGCAGGACCACUAAUUGCUGUCAUCUUCUCCUAAUUUGUGUGCACAACUUACUCUUUCCUGUUUGACUCGUUCUUUCUCCAACCGAUGUAAUUCCCACUGUUCUGUAAUGUACUCCGUGAAUUUCUGCCCGUUCACCACAAAUGCCAUUGAUUGCUCUUGUUCCCACUUGUCAAUCCGGGCUUUCAGCUCCUCUUCCAGCUGGCCCGGAAACAAGGACAUGUUAUUUACUUCAAAUCUUUACUCAAGUGAAGUAAUUAUCCUAAAGAAAGACUCUUUCCCAGUGUCAUUAACCUUCUGACAGCUGAACCCCCAUGAAUAUAGGUUGGAAUAAAUGGAAAGCAAAGACUAGAGUCCAUUUAGAUAGACACCAAAAAGGAAAAAAAGCAAGGACCCAGUCUGAAAAUAUUGGUCUUGAUGCCUAAAGUUAGAAGCAGCACUGGGAAUAUCAACAUUAUCUAGACAGGGUGUAUUAUGAACAAGACUAUGGAAGUACACACACUAUCAGGGUUUCACUGUGGAGUUAGCCUCUUAACUAGCAGUAAAGGAGGGUAAGUUGAACUUAUCUCAGUCCCCUCCUCUCUACACAUGGAAAUAAUAUUAACCUAUAGGGAUACUGGACAAUGAUAUGAAUAAAUGAAACACCAUUGAACAGUAUCUGGCAAAAGUCAAAGCUAUUUAGUUCCAUUACUAAACAAGACAAUAAGGUGCACAGCACUUUGUAAAGUUUGCCUUAUGCUGUAGACACAAUUGUUACUUACUGUGAAUAAUACACCCUAGUACCUACACCUCACUGUUAUUAUCUGGAGCAUCUUUAAGAAGGUAAAUGGGUUCAAAUAAGGUCAUCAGGGUAGGACCUAAUCCAAUAGGACAGAGACCCAGAGGAAAGACCAUGUGAAGACACAGGAGCAAAGGAUGGCCAUCUAUAGUCUAGUACAGAUGUCAGGAGAGAUCCAACCCUAUCUUUCAAAGACACCUUGAGCUCAUACUUCUACCAUGCAGAAGUAUAAACAUACAUUUCUGUUUUAAGCCAACUAGUCUCUGGUAUUUAGUUGUGGCAGCCUUAGACAGCUCAGACUCUGAUGCUCAGUUGCUACACUAAAUAAAGGCCCACCACACACUGACUGUCCUCCUAGGUUGGAAGGGAAGAGCACGGCCUCACAGCCAGAAUUACCUUAGGGAGUGCUUUCUGGAGCCUCGCCCGCUCCUUUUCUUCUUUGAGAAGAUUUCCCCCUCGGUUUGUAAACCGACUUGGGUCGGAAGCUUUUCUCUGUGAACAAUACAUCAGAGUCAAACCUAGAGGCUGGGGAGGCAACCCAGCAGAGUGGAGGACUAGGGUCCAGAACCCCAGCACCUAUGGGGAAAAUCAACAUGUGGUAGUGCAUGCCUCUAAUCCCAGUGCUCAGGGCUGUUGGACAGAAGGAUCCUCUCUAAUCUAAUUGAUGAGCUCCAAGUUCAGUGAGAUCUUAUCUCAAGAAA